GCGGCAGUCAACGAACCGGGACGGAGUCUUUUCUCUACACUACACAAUUUUUAACUCUUUUAAAUCUGAAACUGGUAAUUAACACUGCAUAUCUUGUUCACACACUAUAUUUGGCUGUUACACUAUAGUGUUAAAAUAUAAAAAAGUGAAUAUCACGGUAAUUACAUAACGUUAUAAAAAGCCGUCUUAACAACAGUUGGCUAACUAAAGCUAAGGUCGCGAGAAAUUCGGUAGGCCUCUGUUAUGUAGCAUAAACUAAGAAACGAGCAUAGUUAGCUUUGAUACGCGUUGCGAAUAUAACAUUAGCAAUACACACAGUAUUCUGUCAACAGGCAGUAAGUUAGUUCAAACUCACGCCAUUGUUUAUUUAGGUAACAGUCUAAUAUUAACUGGUUUCUGUACAGUAGUGUCGUUCCAUCACUGCUGGGAAUCGCUCGUAGUUCGUUCCGGCUAGUUUUUAUUAAACCGUAAGUAUGUGAUUGUUUUCUUUACUGUCUUGGUUUAUGAGUUUGACCAUACAUAUUUCGAAGCAACACUUAAGGUGACCUGUAACCUAUGUUUUUUGCUAAGAAACGUCGGUUCUGUCUCCGAUGUAUUUCCCCUAAUCUAAUUCAAGUUUAACGACUAUAGUGGUUGCAGCCCCAUUAGACGUGUUUGCCUUAACGUUAUUUGUAAUGCGAGUUGUGGAUCGUUACUUUAAUCCCGUUAUUUCCGUAUAAGUGCCAGAGUGCGUUUUCCUGUUCCUUAAAAUGGAAGCCAGGGUUGUUCUUCGUGCUGAUCAUCAGUGUCGAGCAAAAGCCUCCAUGUCUAGAGUGAAUAAACAACCCCUGUCUGGACUCCUGAAGGUAGCAAAUGUAGUUAUUUUUUGUGGAAUAGAUACUUGAAAUAUUUAAACAUGGGUUGAUAGUGUAGUGAUAGUGAGUCAGUCCACUGACAUGGGCCCCUGUUAUAACCAGAUUCUAGUUUGUCCCGGAAUCUUUACUGAGAGCAUAUUUGUCUCAUGAUGCUGUACUGUGUGGAAAUGUCCAACUGUCUCCUUUGUAUUUGUGCACUGCUGUCUGUCUCUUAAUAACCCAUUUUCAGUUCCCUGGGGAGUGUUUUUGAUUGAUUUGUAGGUUUAAAUCCAUCCUCUUGGCCCUUUUGUGGGAUUCCCUGGAUAUGGAUAGCUUGCCCCCCAAUGAGAAUACAUUGGCAGAAGAUUUUUUUUCCUGUUCAGCACUGGUAAUCAACAGCUGAAAAUCUCUAGAAGCUUGAAUAUCCUGCCCUUCUUUUUCCUACUGCCAUCACUCAAAUGUCACCAAGUGUGCAAAAUGCCUCCAAGGCCAAGAAGAAGCUGAGGAUUUUUUUCCACCCACCAUCCCACGUUUAUCCCCUUUUUGCCACAUCAGUUUAAGCAUUUUUGGAUCUAUUUUUUUUCUUUUCGGGCUCUUUAUAUCACCCUGUUCCUUUCUUUCAUUGGUCACACCGAUUAAUAAAAAAUAAUAAAAAAAUCCCCAAAAGACUCUAUUGCACCCACCAUCAGUAAUGUUUAGCAGUCUGGCGGAGAUAAAGAUGUCUCAGAGUCUCAGAAAAGGGAUGUCGUAGGAAGACAAGUGUCUCUGGGCGACCCACCCCCCUUUUCCUCUUAUCUCACGGAUCAAGUGUUCCUUCAGGACUCCAUACCACCACGGAGACACCCUACCAGCAGUGCGCUCAAGAGGGAGACAACUUUUCAGCCACCUCAGGGAGAGUCCUGUUGGCCCUGAAGAGAACCACCUGCUGGGUUUAAAGGUCGUGACCUCAUCACCUCUGUCAAUCAAGACGUGUUCCAGCAUUACUAUGACCAACCAUGGAGAUGACUGCUACUUCUUUUACUAUUCCACCUGCUCUAAAGGUGACAGCUGCCCCUUCAGACACUGUGAGGCAGCUAUGGGCAAUGAGACCGUCUGCAACCUCUGGCAGGAGGGACGCUGCUUCCGUACUGUCUGCAAGUUUCGCCACAUGGAGAUAACAAAAAACCGAAAGGAGAUACCUUGUUAUUGGGAGAACCAAGCAGCCGGCUGCCAGAAGCCACACUGUGCCUUCUUCCAUGAAAAGCCCCGUUACAUUGAUGGCAUGUUUGUCCCAGCUGAUAAAAGUCUAACUAAGAACAAAGAACAGCCGCAAGAGGAACCGGCUCCCCCGCCACCUGCCCCUCUCCCCACUGCAGCCAAUCCCCAGCUCAGAGGCGUCAUCAAGACAGAAGCUCAGGAGCCAGUACCGAGCCCCACCCAUCCACCAGUGGUGAUUAAUCCAGCAGAUGAUGACGAGGAUGAAGAUGAUCAGUUCUCAGAGGAGGGAGAGGAUGGCAAGGUUGGCCCUUCUCCUAGAAAACUAACCAGAUCAGAUGACUCGCUGAACUUUGGAGUAAGCACCCUGGAGGAGAUCCGGCUGAGGAAGGCCCUCAAGGCCAGCAUGAAGAGAGCUGGCUACCCCAUCCAGAGUGCUGAAACCUCGGCAAAGGAAAACAUCCACUCAUUUUUUAGACCAGCAAUCUACGAGGCGAGAGAUGCACAUGGUCCUUCUUUUAACCUAGGCCAAAUUGUCCUUGAAGAAACUGUGCGACCAAGAGGCAGUGUGGCAGAAAGGCUUGGAAGGAAGGUGCCCAACACAGAUGUCCCACUGAAAAGGAGUCUGGCAGAGCGUCUGGGCAGAGUUGUGGACGAGGAAGAGCCUUUAAUGCCCCCUCAGAAAGCUUUGAAGCCUAUUAAGGAAAGACUUGGAUUAUCUGCUGGGUCUGUUGCACCCGCUCAACCAGUAGCUGGGACCAACACAGAAUCAAAGAAAGCUCCUGAGCAGAUCCGCAUCAAAACCCUGGAGGAGAUCAAACAGGAGAAGGCAUCAAAGUCUCAGUCAGAAGACGGCCCUUCAGACAUGGAUCCAGAAAUCAACUCAACUAAAACUAUCACCACCAAGACCACCAAGGGUGUCAAGCGAGCCAUCACCAUCAAGGACGACUCCAUCAACCACAUCAAAACGUUCUCUGAGAUCCUUCAUGCCAAGAAGAAAAGACAGGAGGAGCAGCAGCAGGAGCAGAACCCCAGCACUAAGAAGGCCAAGCACACUGUGGAGAAAGCUCCAGGCAAGAACCAGGAAGAGUCUGAUACAGCUGGACCUGCUAAUGACUCUGGUAAUGUGGGGGGCGUUCGAGUAAAGACCCUGGAGGAGAUCCGCAGGGAGAAGGCAGCGAGGAUUCAGACUCAGCAGGCCUUGGAGGCUGAAAACAAGAAGAACUCUGAUACUGAGGAGAAUGGUGCUAAGAAACCACGCCUACUGCGCAUCAAGAAACUGCCCCCCCAGAGCAACAUCACAACAGAGAAGAGUGCUGUGACAGAGAAGCCACUGAAAACUCCUACAGCUGUUCCUGAGAACGGUGUUGCCAACGGUAACAACGUCAAGGUCAAGACCUUCGAGGAGAUCAUGCAGGAGAAACGCCUUCGCAAGCAGGAAAUGGAGGAGCAGGCCAAAGGCUCGGCUGAAGCAGAACCUUCUCAGAAACAGAGCACUGAAGGAACCCUGAAAAGGAAGCUUCCUGCUAAUGUCAGUGUUACAUCGCCAGGCUCCUCAUCACCUCCCUCCACCGCUGUGGCCCCUGACAGUACCCCCUUCACCCAAAAGCUCCCUGUUCGGAGGCUGAUCCCCCUCAAACCCAAGGCCACCUCCCCUCUGAACAGCAAUACUACUCCCGGUACAAGGGGUGCUGCAGUUACCUCAGUCUCUGUGAAGCAGAGCUCUCCUCCGCUGGAGGCCGAGUCCCGCUCACGGGAGGUCCCAGACAAAAACACAAGGAACUCCACCACACUGUCACCAGCCAAGCAGGCCAGAGCAGCUUCCCAGUGCCCAGCUGCAGAGGCCCCUACACUGAACAAUAAUCAGAAGAAAUCCCCAGAACACACUACAGACACCAAAGUGAGGCCCAAACUGAAUGUGAAGCCGUCUGUCAUGAAGCUUGCAGUGCAGGUGAAACCAGGCCAGAAGAGGAGGGGAGCAGAGCGGUCUGCUGUCGCUGCUGUUAAACCUCUGAACAGCGUGUCCACAGUGCUGGACGAGCCACUGCAGGAGACAGCAUGCAGAGACAGACAGGUGUUCCCGUCCUCCAGUGCAGAGGCCCAGCUGAGCUCUACCGUUCCGUGUAGUCCCAGCACCCUUUUAGACUUGGGCUCCAGCUCCAGCCCACUGAGAGAGGACCUCCAGACUGUCCCCGUCUUCAAACAGAGUCUGGGCCACGAAACCAAGCCCACUGUCAGUGUUGCUGCUGCCAGAGAAGCCUGUACAGUCCCCCAAAGCCCAGUCCUGAAGACUCCGACUCAGCCCAAGUCACGGAGACAGAGCAUAACCACAGCCCGCACCGCGUCCACCUCCAGUGCCACCGCCACCUCCUCCACCUCCGCUGUGGAUGACUUCGACGACCUGAUCAACGAAUUCACUGAGGAACAUUUGGAGGGUGAAGACGUGGACCCUGGCAUCGGAGAGGAAGACCUUCUGCAGGAGCUGUCGGAGAUGAUCGACAGCUGAGGGCUCCGUCGAGCACCGUCAACACUCUGCCCCAGCUUCACACCCACCACCUUGUCCUGUGACUCGAUAUGUACAAGAAGUGAAGACCAUCACCCACUAUCUACCAUGGAGUGUUUUAAAAAGACAUUUAUUUUUCUUCAAACUUAUUUUAAGCUUUAGGUUCAUAUUUGUUGUUAUUUACAUUUUAGACAUCUUCUCUCCUUUUUCAUUUCCUGCCCAUAUGAUCGACUGAUGGCCCAGGAGUUAUUUUUAUCAUGUUGGUUCAUGAUCAUUGUCAGACUUUUCAGGUCUUGGAAAGAGAAAAUGAAAAAAGCUCUGGUGCUGGGAGACGUUAAGGACGUCCCCUGAUUGUCAGGAAUUCCUGGAAGAUGUUAAAUGUCAGAAAUGACGAACGUGUCGUUUUAGAGAGAAGUCAUACGUGUAUACUGUGUAUGCAAAAGGGAAGAGCAAGCUGAAUAUAGAAUAAUGAAUACUGCUGCACUUACAGUAGCCUGCCCCUCAACUACUUGUGUAUUUUAUACCUGUGAGUGGACAGGGCUGAGGACGCCCAGCUAGUUCCAGAUUAUGACAUUCAAAUCUAUGAAUUUUACUUUAAUGAUGACCCUGUCAACAACGCUCAGGUCAGCCCCUGAGAGGACGUUUCCAAAAUGGAUGUUAGGAUUGUUUUAUCCAUCAGGUAUAUGUGGUUUCUAGAUUUUCCACUCAGAUCUUACAGAGUGCACCUUCUGCCUGUGACUGUCCUUCAGUGGUUUUUAUAAUGUUUGAAUGGAAUGUGUGUGUUUUUUUUUUAACCAGUUCUUUUAUUCAGUGGGCAUACUUUGAAACAACCAGUCUGGGAUAAGUGCUCUCGUGUUUGUUAAUGAACACCUCAGGGACUGUUUCUGAUGUUUCUAUGUUCUUUAUAUGACAAACACUGUAUCUCAGUCCAAAUAUGCUGUCUUUAGUUGUCUUUUUGUGUUAGCAUUGAUUUAUCAUCGUGCUCAGAGAAAAGAUCAACUUAUUUUUGGUCUUAAUACUUGUUUGCUCUGCCCUGACCCUUUCCCACACAAUUACUGUUCAAAGUGACUUGUACAAAUUACUGUGUAAAUAAAAAAGGCUUUUACUGA